AUGUCAGCAUCAGGGUCAUUAUCGGCCGGCAGCGAUGCGUCUGGCCCCGAUACGCCAGCUGGAGACCAGGGCAACGCAUUGCCUCAGUUGGAUUCUCUCAUUUCCCACCUGGUGGCAGCAAAACGGUCCCUGUCAUCCAUCAAUCACGUGUGGCGUGCCAAUGAAAUUGUAACUUCCGCUCGCUCUGCUUUGGAAGAGAGUGUCGUGAUUUCCGCACGGACUGGCUUUCUCCGACGCGGGCUUAACAAUCAACUGCGGCUUUUAUACAGUGUCCGCUCUGAAGUCGAAGAAGUCUCCCUCCGGGGCCGGUCGGAGUUCGCUAGUGUCUUGAAAAGCCUGGAUACUGCUGAUGCCCGAUUGAGAAAGACGCUUCACUCCUUACGGGAUACAAUCGUUCACUCUUCAUUUCGUCCCGACGGCGAAGAACCCAGAAGCUUACAUGACUUUGUGGAUGAACGUGGGGUUGAGGAGCUUCGUGCGGCUUUGAAGAGCUCAAUUGAUCGCACCAAUGAGGCGCAGGCGGAACUGGAUACUUCCAACUCCGCGUUCGAUGAUGAACUCCAGUCCAUCAAGCAAGCUCUUGGUAAUUACCGAGAAGCUACCAAGUUAGCUUCCUCGUCCUCAUCUUCGUCAUCCGCGUCUAAUUCGAGCCUGCCGUCGUUGUCAUCAAUGCCACCCAUGUUACAGUCAUUGGAGAUGCAUGCGCAGGAAAUGGCCAAUCUGCUAGAGUCCUUAGUUCAGCAUUUCGACCUUUGUGUAACUGCUGUAAAACACACGGAAGGUGGUGGAGCUGCCGCGCGAUCCAUUACCGGGGAUAUGCCCGCUGCCGUCACCGUCAGUGGCCGUGGAGUACCGAAUAUCGAGCAAGGCAUUCAUGACAAUCUAAACGCCCCACUUGAUCCUUUGAGUGAGUCUGACUACCAGGAGAUGGUGAAUGUCUUAAUCAAGGAUGCAGCAGAGGCCGAAGACGUGGUCAUGGAAAUUCAAGAUCGUAUUGGCGACAUGGAGUCCAUACUCGAGAACGUCUUGUCUCAACGUGAUGUUCUUCUCUCCAUCUACAAUGCUACUACUGGCGUCUUCCGACACCUGUCGUCUCUUGCAACUGCGCGUCUACCGGGUUAUAUCGCUCAGGCACACAGCUUUACCCGCGUAUGGGGCGAAGAGCACGAUCGUAUCAAUGGUGGGCUAGCAGACCUGUCCGAUCUCAACACCCUCUACGACGGGUUUUUAGAAGCCUAUGAUGGCUUGAUUCUGGAAGUGGCACGCCGACGGCACGUACGACAGCGUGUGGAAAAGGUGCUUCGAGAAACGAAACACAAGUUGGAUCAGCUGUACGAAGAGGAUGUCAAUGCUCGCGAAACGUUCCGAGUUGAGCAAGGGGACUAUUUGCCAUCCGACAUUUGGCCUGGUAUCGGCCGCGAGCCGAUGCGAAUAGAAUUUCGACGCAUAUCCGGGGGCAACCUCAAGGGAGUCUCUCCCGAACAGCCGGAUGCACAAGACCAGCCAGCUGCUGAACCCAAUGAGCCCCAACCAGCGCCCUCUGAAAGCACAGAGGAGGGAGAAGUUAUACCGCAUCUCCCCAAAUCCCUGGUUGAAGAGGCUCUUCAUCGCCUCAAGGCGAGAAAUAGACAAGCCAUGUAG